AAAUCUCAUUUUAAAAAAGAAGAGAGAAAAGCAAACCUAAACCUGAAGCCAAAGCAGAGCUUCUAUAAAGAGAGAUUCUCUCUCCUUUUCUCCAUAUCCCUCCCUCCCUCUCUCCCUCCAUAUCUCUCUCUUUUUCUUUCAGCAUUGCUUCCUCUCUUCUCUCUCUCUUUCGGCAUUAUUACAAGCUACUGGUGAGGAUGUCUUGGGACAAAGAGACUGAAGGGUUAGAUCGUGCUGAAUAAUCAUUUUCUUCCUUGGACGCUAUAUACUGUCGUCUAAUUCACCUUUCCAAACGUGUGUCACGGAAGUUUCUGCAUUGGUUUUUUUCUGUAUAAUUACUGUGGAAGUUUUGAGCCAGUGAUUUCUGACAUUCCAGCUCUACCUCCAUUUUUUUCUAGCGUCCUUCAGAAGCAAAACAAUAUAAAUAUUCUUGCAGUUUUGGCAAAGACAAACCCUAUAUAUACACAGGCAGAUCUUCACUUUUCUAUCUAGCCCCUGUUUUCCUCAGUGUUUUCCCUAUCCCCUGUUUUUUUAAACUCCCAGACACGGCAAAAAAACUCGUAAGAAAUGGACCAGAUUACAUCCACGACGCCAUUUGGGGGAGCUGGAGAUGAUAUCAGCGAGCAAUUUAGCAUAAUUUUGGGUCAGAUCAAAGCCCCAUUGAUCUUCCCUUUGCUUAAAGUUGCUGUAUUUUUAUGCUUGAUAAUGUCAGUCAUGUUGUUCAUUGAGAGAGUUUACAUGGCAAUUGUCAUCACUAUCGUGAAAAUUUUUGGUAGAAAACCAGAAAAACGCUACAAACGGGAGCCACUCAGAGAUGAUUUAGAGCUGGGAAAUUCAGCUUAUCCCAUGGUUCUUGUUCAAAUCCCAAUGUACAAUGAAAAAGAGGUAUAUCAACUCUCAAUUGGGGCUGCAUGUGGCCUUUCUUGGCCGUCCGAUCGUAUAAUUAUUCAAGUUCUGGAUGAUUCAACGGAUCCUCUAAUCAAGAAUCUGGUAGAAUUGGAGUGCCAAAGGUGGGCAGGCAAGGGAAUUAAUAUCAAGUAUGAAAUUCGUGACAACAGAAAUGGAUACAAAGCUGGAGCAUUAAAAGAAGGAUUAAAGCACCCCUAUGUGAAACUAUGCGAUUAUGUAGCAAUUUUUGAUGCCGAUUUUCAACCCGAACCCAAUUUCCUCUGGCAAACUAUCCCUUUCUUAUUUCAUAAUCCCGAGCUUGCUCUAGUUCAGGCCCGUUGGAAGUUUGUAAAUGCCGAUGAAUGCUUGAUGACAAGAAUGCAAGAAAUGUCACUAGACUACCAUUUUACUGUGGAGCAAGAAGUAGGAUCAUCUACCUAUGCUUUUUUUGGCUUCAAUGGGACGGCUGGAGUUUGGAGAAUCGCAGCCAUUGAUGAAGCAGGAGGAUGGAAGGAUCGAACAACAGUUGAGGAUAUGGAUUUGGCUGUCCGAGCUAGUCUUAGAGGAUGGAAGUUUUUGUACCUCGGUUCCCUCAUGGUGAAAAAUGAAUUGCCAAGCACAUUCAAGGCUUAUCGCUAUCAGCAACAUCGUUGGUCAUGUGGACCUGCCAAUCUUUUCAGAAAAAUGUUUAUGGAGAUUGUAAAAAACAAGAAAGUGUCUUCGUGGAAGAAGGUUCAUGUAAUAUACAAUUUCUUCUUCGUCAGAAAGAUCGUAGCCCAUAUAGUCACAUUCGUGUUCUACUGUGUUGUAUUACCUGCAACAGUAUUAGUACCUGAAGUUGAGGUUCCGAAGUGGGGAGCAGUAUACAUACCUUCCAUCAUUACCUUACUCAAUGCAGUUGGGACUCCGAGGUCACUCCAUUUGCUGGUAUUCUGGAUCCUGUACGAGAAUGUCAUGUCACUACAUCGGACUAAAGCUACCUUCAUUGGCUUAUUGGAGGCAGGGAGAGUGAAUGAAUGGGUUGUCACCGAGAAACUUGGCGAUGCUCAUAAGUUAAAAUCAGCCGCUAAAGGUUUCAAGAAACCUCGACUGAGGAUCGGAGAGAGGCUCCAUCUGUUAGAGCUUGUUGCGGGUGCUUACCUCUUUUAUUGCGGGUGCUAUGACUUUGCAUUUGGAAAAAACCACUAUUUCAUCUACCUCUUCGCUCAAGCAAUAGCCUUUUUCAUCGCCGGGUUUGGUUAUAUUGGGACAUUCAUUCCCCAGUCUUAGUGCGUUGGGCGGUGUCGUCUUCAGAAAUCUCUCUUCGCAGUUUCUUCUUCUGCUCUCACAUUUUUCACCUAUACUAUACUACUUUUUACAGUUCUUCGCUUGUAGAAAGAAUGCUGUUAUUCUUUUAGGUUAAGCAUAAGAAUUCUCGAAAGAAUUUGUUCUCUUGUGUAUAUUGAACAAGUGAUCACAGAAGCUGGCGUUUGUGUCCCAAAUCACAAUGUAAGAUAAAAGUUUAUGAUAAUGAAAUUUUGGAGCAAGUUUUCUUUUUCUA